AUGGAAAGAAUUCACCAAAUAUUGGUAGAUAUGAGGGAAAGAUUUUCUCAUUGUAGCAAGAAUAUUGAACAAGAUUUAAGAGAAUUGAUUAGUAGACAGUUAAGAAAUCAAUUUAUGACUGUUUGUUUUCAACAUAGCCUUAUGCACAACUAUAAAUGGGAAGGUAAAGAAAAUCUAGAAAAUGUAGUUGAAAGAAUUAUUAUAGAUUACUUUGAAAACACUAAGAAGCAAGAUUGA